ACCAGCCUCUCCAUCCUCCCACACCCACUCCCCAAAUCCACAGGGGACCUCGGCUCCUUCUGAUUGGUCGGGGAUGAGUCAACGAGGGGGGACGGGAACAAUGUCAUCAUGUCGCCUUAAAAAGAGUGCAGCUAUGUUGUGGUGAAAGCACCUCGGGAGGAGAACAGAGGAUCAAUAGCAGCAGGACACAACAACAAAAAGACGCAUCAGAUGUUUCUGUCCGCGCGUCGCUGAAAAGUGGAUUUCUGCUCCUCCAAAGUGCCUUCAGCUCCCCGCAGCUCCAGCGCCAACAUGCCCAGAGGAUUCCUGGUGAAACGGAACAAGAAGACCAACCCGGUGUCCUACCGGGUCCGCUCCGAGGAGGAGGAAGCGGAGCAGGCUGACGCUCCGCCGCCGCCGCCGCCGUCCUCCUGCGCGCCGCUCGCCUCCUUCCCGGUGCGCGCACAGACGCCGACGCCCACCUGCGGGGCGGCGGCCACGGCUCCGGAGCAGCUCGCCAGACCGGUGCAGUUCGGGAACCCGGAGGCGGUGUACCAGGCGCUCUACAGCCCCACCCGCCCCGUCAGCCACGACCACGACCGCUCCUACUUGGAGAGGCGCUUCAGCCUCGGCUCCCCGGUGUCCGCCGAGUCCUUCCCCACACCGGCAGCGCUCCCCGCUCUGGACCACCUCUUCGCCCCGGUGGACCUGAAGAUCGCCUCCAGCAACAGCAGCCGCAGCGAACCAGCAGCACCGCUACCGCGACCAGCGCCACCGCGACGCUCCCCACCGCCGCGUCCAAGCGCCCCUCCGGCGACACGGAGCGCAAAGGCACCGCCCUCCAAGAAAACCAAAGCGAUCCGGAAACUGCACUUUGAGGAUGAUGUCACCACGUCUCCGGUCCUCGGGCUCAAGAUUAAAGAGGCUCCGGCGGACCAGAAGCCUCCCAGACCGCCGCCGCCCGGAGCGGAAAACAUCCCGCUGGGCGAGUUCGUGUGCCAGCUGUGCCGGGAGGCGUACGCGGACCCGUUCGCCCUCGCGCAGCACAAGUGCUCCAGGAUAGUCCGGGUCGAGUACAGGUGUCCGGAGUGCGACAAGGUGUUCAGCUGCCCGGCCAACCUCGCCUCGCACCGCCGGUGGCACAAACCGAAGCCACAGAGCGGCGGUGAGAGCGACAAAGCGGCGGGGAAGAGCGCUCCGGAGGAGGCGAAGGACUCUAGUGACAGGGACACACCCAGCCCCGGACCCUCCGAGUCCGGCUCAGAGGAAGGCCUGUAUGAUUGUAAUCACUGUGGGAAAAAGUUUAAGCGCCAAGCGUACCUGAGGAAGCACCUGGCGUCCCAGCACGGCUCCCCGAAACCGGCCGCGGCGGAGGAGGAGGACGCGGCAGCGGCGCCAGCGGCAGCGGCGGCCUGCGAGCAGAGCGCCGCGCCGCUCAACCUGAGCGCGUCCAGCUGCCUCCUGUGUCCGGUGUGCGGGGAGAACUUUUCCAACAGGGGCAGCCAGGAGCGCCACAUCCGCCUGCUGCACUCCUCACAGGUUUACCCCUGUAAAUACUGCCCCGCCGUCUUCUACAGCUCCCCGGGACUCACCAGACACAUCAACAAGUGCCACCCGUCCGAGAACCGGCAGGUGAUCCUGCUGCAGAUGCCGCUCCGCCCCGCCUGCUGAUCCGGGACUCUAGGCUGCUUUCACCGUCUCAUAACACAGUCCAGGCUUAAAUCUGAGGGGAUUUAGGAGUUACGCUGCAAAAAAUAUCCAGUUUUUAGACAAGUUUUUGCGCCUAAAAUCAUCCUUUUUAAAAAAAAAAAAUCAAGUGGAAAAUAUAUGGCACUUUGGUGAGAAGAUGAAACUCUGGAAUGGGAGGGAUUAAAUUUCUCUUUUAUUUGUUAUUUGGUUAAACAAUUCUCAUUUUAAUGCAAAAAAACUUAAGUUUUGAAGAAAAUUAAUCGUUGAAUUUGCCUGUUUUUGUCUAAUUUUGGGAUAUUCUUGAUUUAAAAAAUGCACAAAUCACACACAAAAAAAGGAUUAUUCCCAUCCUUCAGCAUUUUAGGCAGAUUUUGACAUUUAAUUGAGACAAAAGAGGAUGUUUUUUUGCAGUG